CAGCGUAGUGCGCGCAGGACCAUGUGCAGGGCUGCUCUCUUCUCGGCGCUGCUGGUCACCGCUUGGUCGCUGACGAAAGGAAUGGACUGCCCGUCCAUCCCCAUCCCACUGGCAGAGGCUGUCGUGGAAGCACAUGGCUGUAUGACCAAGAUGGGCCGGCCGGUCAAGAACGAAGAGUAUGACAAAGUGCAGAGCUUCCUGAUGCAGUGUGCGGAGCGCCAGCAGCCAGGCAGCUCUAACCCACUCGUCUUCCUCAUGAUGGCCUGCUCUGACGCCAAGUACCUGGACGGGACGGCUGACUGCAUGUUCGGUCAAGAAGAGGCCAUAUUUAAAGAGUUGAACCUCGCUCCUGCGGAUAAACAAGGUGGCGAUCUCGUUUUUAAAUGUCUCAAGGACUUUCACGAAGACCUUGUCAAGAAGCGUCGCAAACCCUGACGACAUUUUGGAAAACAGCGGCAAGCUUUCAAGUCUGAAUAAAGAAGUUUACAUAACUCAACAA